AUGUCUACAGUACGCAUAAUGCGCUUUACAUUAUGGAUUUCACAUGGGCUUUUAGAGAUGCAUGUUGAUUGAGCUCGUUUUGAUGUGUAUCUGCUAUCCAAUGACGUACUGAUACGCAAUACACGGGGCGCCAACAAAAAGGAUCUCGAGCCACACAACCCCUGCUAUCAUCUUGGGAGCUUUAUAGCUUGCUUGGGGUAGGUAGGUGAGUUUGGCCUGGUCUAACUAGGUACACGUACGACGACAUACCAAGGUACGCGUUUACCAUUACGGGCCGGUCCCUGCAGGACAGUGAGAGCCGGCAUCAGAGAAUGGAAUGGGCACACUUUCGCACGUCCUCCAUAGAGGGGCGCGCCCCAUCAGCGUCCGCGAGUUCGCCGACGCACUGCGCGCCAUUUCGCCGCCACGCUUCCCUACCCUGGGGGGCAACAGCGGGAGAGAAGUCGGGAUUGCUGUGAGCGGGGGCGUUGAUUCCAUGGCACUGGCCUACCUCUGUAGCCAUCUAAAGAGCCAUGAUCGCUCCUUUCACAUAGCGGAUAACCCCCUCACCAAAUUUCGUGCUCUUAUUGUCAACCACCGGCUCAGGGAAGGGUCGGGCGAAGAAGCGGACGCCGUAGCCCGUGCCGUGCAGGACAUGGGGAUGCCCAGCGAUGUCUUCCCCAUAAGUUGGCUCAAGACUGGCCUACUCGGCCAACAGGGGCAGCAGCCAAACGACCUGCCAAAUCUUGAGAGUGUUGCUCGCAAGGCUCGUUAUCGGAAGCUAGGAGCUAUGUGUGCCUUUCGCCAUUACGCCAGUCUCUUGCUCGCGCACCACGAGGAUGAUCAGUAUGAGACGAUCCUGAUGCGCCUCCUGCAGGGGCAUGGUGUUCGAGGUCUCCGCGGCAUGAAGACCGCCCAGGAUAUCCCCGAGUGCGAGCGCGUGCACGGCGCUCGCCACAGUGGCUAUGUGGACGACCAGCGCAGACCUAAGCCCCGGUACAAUUUUUCCAUAAUCAGAAAUGACGCCGAACGGCUGAGGCAAGAGUUGAGGGCCAGCAUUGAUCAUCAGAUGAACGAACAAGAACUGAGGCAGUCCAUCUUGGACGGAAUCGAUCACGACGAUUUCGAGAAAUACUACCAGAUUCAGCUGGCUGUGUCCCUUGCCUUGAGCGGUAUCGAUGUUGAGAAUGGUGGCGUCAUGGUUUAUCGACCAUUGCUAGGAUUCCCAAAGGAUCGACUGGUCGCCACGUGCGAAGCCAACAACAUCCCUUGGUGGGAAGACAGCACAAAUGACGACCAGACUUUGACUAUGCGAAACGCCGUAAGGCAUAUGUACAAGAACUAUACCCUUCCCGUCGCCCUUCAAAAGCCCUCUAUCCUGGCUUUGUCACGGCGCUGCGACCAAGAAGCCCGCGCACUGCAGGCCGAAGCCGACAGAUUGAUGGCGCAGACGAGGAUUCUGGACAUCGUGUCGCAUAUAGGCACUGCGUCGGUCCAGUUCCCAGACUAUGGCAUGUCUUGCUUCCCCAGAGACAAAGCGCGCCCCUUGCGCCGCCGCGCUCGUAUACUGCGCCAGCGAGAGGUAGCUGGGCUUCUGAUCAGGAGGAUUCUUGAGAUCGUGACUCCUGAGGAGCACCCAAUACCCCUGGCGAAUCUUCAGAAUGUCAUAUCUCGUUUAUUCCCCACACUAUCCGACUCUCCCAAGGGACAAAGUAUACCGGAACUACCAAAAGCCUUCGUAAUUGCUGGCGUUCAUUUCCUUCCCAUUGAUCCAGUAUCAUUAUCACCUACUCAAGGUAUCCCCCCAUCCCAGAGCGCGAACCAACCCCAAGCAUGGUACCUCAGCCGGACACCCUACCCUUCCAAACGGCCAGUCCCACAUCAUCGCUUCACGUAUUGGUCCAUACCGAGACACAUCUUCGGCAAGUACACCUUCAACCCCGCAGACACCACAUGGUCGCGCUGGCUCCCCUGGGCCCUCUGGGACGGGCGGUUCUGGGUCUGCGUGCGCCACCGCCUGCCCUACCGCGUCAUCCUCCAGCCCUUCGCCCUCUCGCACGCGAAAGCCUUCCGCGAAUCCCUCGCCCCCGCAGACCGCGAUCGUCUCGCUGCUGUCCUGAAGCGCAGCGCGCCCGGCAAGACACGCUACACGCUCCCCGCGCUCUACCUCGAGGAACACCUCGAUCUAGAGGACAUGCACGUCCGACGGUACUACCCCGAGUCCCCCGCGGGCCUGCUCCGCUACGCGGGGGAUACGGCUGCGCUCGAAGCGGACCCGAGCAUCUCGGAUCAUCCGCGCGUCAUCGACGUAUCGAAGAUGAGACUCAUCGCGCUGCCGUCGCUGGACAUCCGGAUCCCGAAACUCGAUGAAUGGCUGGAGUAUCAGAUUCGGUAUCGACGCGUCGAUCCCGAGACCCUGGAGAAGGCUGCGGGCGCGAAGAGGGAUUGUAGCUCGUUUGUAUCGGGCAGGACCUUGCGCGCUGGGUCUAAGGAUGUGCAUGGGGGAUUCCGGCGGAAAGGGGGGAUUAUAAGGACAAAGGAUCGGAAGGGGAGAAGGAAAUAGAGUAGGUAGAUGGGGAAUGGGAAGUGAUUAGGUGGUAUAUUUACACUUAUGAUGCGUGAGUCUGUCAUAUAUUAUAUUGUAUAUAUAGAAAACGCGAAAAUAGGUACUAUAAUAAGGCACACAUUUCCCUUCUUGAUUCAGAAUUGCCGCAUUUAAUUAAAUAAUAAGAUUGAUCCCGUCCUAUCUAUCUCUCUUGUAGGUAUAACCAAUCAAACAUGGUAUUUCUUUAUUAGUGUCCU